UUUUCAACUCGCGCAUUUGUUAUUGACAAUUUUCGAUUUGUUAAUUUUGGUACUACAACGAAUUUUGUUUAUAAAUAAAAAAUUACAACAGAACGUUUAUCACAAUACACAAGAGAGACAUACAACAAUGCCAAAGUGAAAGUAUAUCGUAGUGACUCACCUGAAUUUGUGUCGCGUGCCUGUUGAUAAAUUUAUUUGCUAUAACGCCCUCACGUUUUGUGCCAGCGUUCACUGACCGACUGCGAUAGAUUUAUUACACAACAAACAAUAAAUAAAUCUGUAUUAAAAAUAAGUCAACAUAAACUAAAAAUAAAACAUAAACAAUUUGCAUCUGUGCAAAUAGAGAGAAAAGGAAGUGACACUUGUCGUUCAAGUUCAUCACUUUGACCCUGAAGCGGUGCAAUUAGCCAUUAAGGAAGAAGUGAUAAAAAAGCAAAGACAUAACCGGCGAAAAAACAGAAACAAUUGUAGAAAGUGCUAGUUAAAAAUUAUAACAUUUGAAAAUGCUGCCAGGACGACAGAUACCCCAGCCCAUAGCACAAGAGAAUCAGCUAUGGGUAUCAUGGCACGAUACACAAAUGAUGGCGUCACUGAGUCCAGCCACUGUUAUGGAUUACUUUUGUCGCAAAUCGAAUCCUUUUUAUGAUAGGGUUUGCAACAAUGAAACUAUUCGUAUGCAACGGUUGAGCCUAGAGCAUCUUAACAAUAUGGUUGGUGUAGAAUAUAUCCUGCUUCACGUUGCCGAACCUAUAUUAUAUGUUAUACGAAAGCAACAUCGGCAUAGUCCCACAGAGGCGACACCAAUGGCUGAUUACUACAUUAUAGGUGGUAUGGUUUAUAAAGCGCCUGAUCUUGCAAGCGUAAUUAAUUCAAGAAUCUUAGCUACGGUUACGAAUUUGCAAUCAGCUUUCGAAGAAGCCAGCAGCUAUUCCCGUUAUCAUCCAAAUAAAGGCUAUACAUGGGAUUUCGUUGCCAAUAAAGCACUUUCAGAUAAAUCCAAAGGUAAUAAAAAGGACCCUUCAUCGAACAAAGACGAUAGCGGCACAAUAUUUCAAAAGCAAAGGGUUGACAUGCUUUUAGCAGAAUUAUUGCGCAAAUUUCCACCUCCAAUACCGCCAAUGAUACAUCAACAACAAAUGCAAAACCAACAGCAGUUACAACAAAAUCAGUUACAGAACACAGCAACAGAAGUAAAUCCAAAUGAGACAAAUAAUGCCGCUGGUAAUCCUACUACCUCUAAUAAUGGUGCGGUUCCCUCAGAGGCAAGUCCUUCACCUAACACUGCGCAAGGUGGCAUUGAGCCAAAGGUCGAGGGUAUUGAUAUGAAACCUCCGCCAGAAAAGAAAAUAAAAAUGUAAAACAUAAUUACCUGCAAACAUUUAUAAUUUUUAUAUCUUAUCACAAGAAGUAUUCGUAAAAAUAAAUGUGCGAAUUUAAUUGAA